AUGAAAUAUAGUCUGCGUAAAUCGUUUAGUUCUCGUCGACGAAAAGAAAUUCCUGAUGACGAUCACAUUUAUCCACGUAUUGACCCUAAUGGUUUUUCAAAUUCCAACUCAAAUUUAGUGAAAUCAAAUCAAUCAAAAAGUUUUUUAAGACGACGGCGUCGAUGUUCAUCAUCAUCAUCAUCACCACCACCACCAGCACCUUCAUCAUCAUCAGAUAAAACAAAAUUAAAAGUAUCUGAUCAUGCUUACAAUAACCACAUUAAUCAUAUUGAUGGUGAUGAUGAUGAUGAUCCAUUUUCACCGCCAUCAGAUACCAAGACUCGUGUACGUCCAUUGGAUAAAUUAACACAUCAAAUUCGAAAAUCAUUUCGAAAUACUAUAACACGACAACGUCCUCGCCUUGAAAGUACAAAUUCAAAUAAACAUUUAAUAUUAAAAAAACAUGAUGACAAUCUGCCAGUGGAUACAACCAUGUCACCAAUAUCAACAGGUCUUACAUCACCGAUAGUCUUAUUAAAAGAAACAACAUCAACAAAUGAAAAUGACAAACCAAAAAUUUCACCAAAACGACGAAAAGCUCCACUAGCACCAACACAUAUGUCUCAAUCAAUAUCUUUACCAAAUCAAAAUUCUUCAACAUUUUGUGAAGUUGAAAAUCAUGAAUUUGAUUGUGCUUCAUCAUCAAAUGAUCAACAACAAAAUUCAUUAGCAAAGAAAAGCAAAUUUAAUCAAUCAUUUCGUACACGUCUGUCACUUUUACUUCAAAAACGUCAUAUAAAACAACGUGAACAUGUAAAAAUACAAAAUUGUAUCGAUGAAGAUCCUGAUCAUCAAAAUCAUGAUAAUCCGGAUGAAAUAAAUCAUAAAAAACUAACAAUUAGUCAACGAUUUGAUACCUUGAGGCGUUCAUUUCAUCUUGGUAAUCGUAAUUCGACAAAUAAAGGUAAACGCCAUUUACUUUCAAAUGAAUGA